AUGCCCCUCAAGCCUUCAGAGCGUCCUUGUUAUACACAAGAUCAACUCGAGCAAUAUUUCAGGCAUAUUCAGCUACCCCAAGCUGAUUACACCAGUAGAGACGAGCUACAGUCUCACACACCUGCUGCUAAACUAUCAUUCUUGGCACAGCUCACUCGUCAUCAGCUAUGCAAAGUCCCCUUCGAGAAUCUAGAUUUGCAUUACGCUACUGUAAAGGGAGUUUCCCUUGAUUCUGACCAUCUUUUCCACAAAGUCGUUGAGCGCAAUGCAGGCCGAGGCGGCUACUGUAUGCAAAACAACUCUUUCUACGGCACUGUAUUGAGGUCACUAGGCUACAGCGUCAUGUCUGCUGGUGCACGCGUCAGCAAAGCUUUAGAUGAGAUGACUGCUGGAAAGGAUCCUACUGGUGACCCAGCAUUUGGAGGGUAUGGCCACCAGGUUAACAUAAUCACGAUUGAUAACAAGAAAUAUUUUGUGGACGUUGGAUUUGGUUCUAUGGGACCUACAAAGCCUGUGCCACUGGUUGAUGGCUACACAACUAUGCAUGCAGGAACUGAAGAUAAUGUUGCCAGCACUCUGAGACUUACUCGCGGCUUUGCAGCAAACAACACUUCUCGCAAUCCUGAGCAGGAGCUAUGGAUAUAUAGCGUCAAAUUUUCCCACGCAGACGAUAAUUCACGACCUUGGGUUCCAUGCUACUGCUUCUCUGAGACAGAGUUCUUCCCUGCAGACUUCAACGUCAUGAACCACUGGGUCACUACGAACAGAGCGAGCAUCUUCAUACAAAUGAUCAUCUGUAUGAAGUUCAUAAUGAGCGAUGACGGUCAGACACUUAUUGGAGAUGUUACACUGAAUAAUGCAGAGAUUAAGGAGCGACGAUUUGGGCAGAGCACAAAACUAAUGGACAUAAACUCGGAGGAACAUCGUAUUGAGGCAUUAGAGAAGUACUUUGGGAUCAAGUUGAGUGCGCCAGAAAGAGAUUUCCAACUGAGAUACGUUGACGACGACGACAACAUCUCCUCGAAAAAGUGA